UUUUGUGAGUGUAUAUGUGUGUAUGUGUGAGUGUGUGUGUGGACAGAAAGCAGGUCCCCUCUGUGUAUUUCUCUGCUAUUUAUAGUUAGAACAAAUCCCAGAUAUGGGAAGAAUCUGAGAGAGAGAGAGAAAGAGAGAGAGAGAGAGAGAGAGCGAGAGCGCGAGAGAGAGAGAGAGAGAGAGAGAGCUGAUAUCAAAAGUUAGAGGUUACAGGAAGAGAGAGAGAGAUAAAGGUCGACUAAGGGUAACUGGGAUCAAACGUCAGAGAGGUUACUGUUACAUCAACAGUGGAACUCAUCAGUGAGAGCCCAAGAUUGGGUCUGCCAACACCAGGACGAGGGAGGCUUGAUGCAGCAGGGACUUCAACUCCACAGCAGGCUCCCCAAGCAGUAAUGAGGCCAGCCCCAGCACCAGGAGACAAGUCCAGCAGCGCAAACAUCCACCCUCCAGCAUUCCUGAGGAAGGAGCCGAAGAUCUCUUCAUACCACCAGGGGAUAGUUGACUGACUGAACAAGCAGCAUGUCUAAACCAUCGUCCAACGUCAAAGCCCUGCAGGCAAAUCUAAAUAUUCCGAUGGGAGCGCUGCGUCCAGGUGCGGGACAUCCUGUCAAGAGGAGAGAGGAUACUGUAGACACAGAGGAGGCUCCUCCCCCAGACCCCCUGCAGGAAGCCACGGCCCUGUCGCCAGAGGAGAAGAAGCCAUUGCCAGGAUCGAUGAAGCUUCCUGGUCCAGCAGUCAACCUAUCAGAGCUGCAGAACGUCAAGAGUGAACUACGAUGGGUCACCAAGGACUAACACACACACUGCGGUGUUUCCCAACUUCUCCUCCAGUACUGAAUCAGGUGUGCUUGUCCAGGGAUACAAUAAAAUGUGUACUGUUGGGGAUACUCAAGGAGUACUACAGGUUUCUCAUCAGACCCACACCCACCCUGCAUCUUCUACUGAUGGACUACAACUACCACACCCACCCUGCAUCUUCUUCUGAUGGACUACAACUACCACACCCACCCAGCAUCUUCUACUGAUGGACUACAACUACCACACCCACCCUGCAGCUUCUACUGAUGAACUACAAAUACCAGACCCAACGUAAAUCAUCAACUGAUAGACGACAACUAUACCAGACUACACCUAACCCUAUCAGCUACAGACAGCUAUACCAGACUACACCUAACCCUAUCAGCUACAGACAACUAUACCAGACUACACCUAACCCUAUCAGCUACAGACAACUACCACCAGACUAUACUUGACCCUAUCAGCUACAGACAACUAUAUCAGACUACACCUAACCCUAUCAGCUACAGACAGCUAUACCAGACUACACCUAACCCUAUCAGCUACAGACAACUCCACCAGACUAUACUUGACCCUAUCAGCUACAGACAACUACCACCAGACUAUACUUGA